AUGGGGGAUCACGAAAUCCAAACCAUUCGCGAUUGCUACCUGAAGGUUUUAUCUAUUUUGGUCCUGAUCGCUUGGCCCGGUGUCUGCAGUCAUGACAAGUCCGGGUUUCGCAAACACUUCUUACAGCGCCCGUAUCAUGACCUUGAUGAUCCAAACCUGCCAUUGGCCAACGAACGGUUGGCUUUCCUGAAGGAAUAUGCUAUCAGCUUCCGCGAAAAUACAUACGCCUUCUGCCCCGUCAUAAUCGAAGAGCGUGAAGUCUCUUCUAUUCAAGAGGUUGCGGCAGAUCGACCACUUCCGUUCACGGAGGAAGAGUUGCCAUUGAGAGAAGGGGCGUCUGGGAAGGAGAUGCACGUGGCAUGCAAGACAUUCCAUGUGGCAGGGAAUUUUCGAAGAGCAUUUCGAAGACUCGGAUGGGUCAAAGAGCCCAAAGAGGAUACGCGGAUCAUGAAACAUAUUGCUGCCCUAGCACACGGACGCAAUGUCAUAAUACUGCUUCCCAUGGCCGAGCAUUUUGAUCUUGAUGUGUUCCUCCGCCACGGUUUCAAGCCCAAACGCGACACAUUGGAAGCCGAAAAGCUAUACGACUUAGACAUCAGGUUCCCAGAUUUGAGAGAUGACGGGUGGGUGCGGCGCUGA